AUGAACAUUUAUAGGCAGUCUCUGACUCUGGAACCCGAGCUGAUGAACCUCGGAUCAGCGGAUCAUGAACCGGAUCAACAACAUGAACCGGAUCAUCAACACUGGAGCUCCGGUUCUCCGCCGACAUGUCCCCCUGCUCUCUGCCCGCUCACAGAGCUCUCCUCUCGGCCGUGUGUCUGCUGCUGCCCCCCCCUCUCCCUCUCCCUCCCGGAGGUCCCUCACAUUGCCCGGUUCUUCGGCACCAAGACCCGGUAUGAGGAGGUGAACCGGGCUCUGCUGCUGGACCCGCUGUGGGUGAACCGGUCCGUGCUGAGACCCCCUCCCGGAGAGAGCUGCUCCCCGGUGCACCUCACCGCCCUGAUCCGCCACGGGAGCCGGUUCCCCACCGUGAAGAACAUCCAGAGGAUCCGGAGGCUCAGCGAGCUGGUGGCGACCGGAGGACGGACCGGAGGGGGGGCCGCAGGGGGGGGAGCGACCGGAGGAACGACCGGAGGGGCGACCGGGGACUGGCUGCGGGAGAUCCGGAGCUGGGAGAACUGGUACACGGAGGACAUGGACGGGCAGCUGGUGGAUAAGGGCCGGCAGGACCUCCGGCUCCUCGCCCAGCGGCUCCAGAAGCUGUUCCCCUCUCUUCUGUCGGAGCAGAGCAGCUUCAGCCUGAAGACCAGCUCCAAACACCGCUGUGUGAGCAGCAUGGAGGCCUUCAGGGAGGGGCUGCAGGUCGGGCGGUUAUCUCACUCCGUCGACGACGAGCUGCUUCGGUUCUUCGAGCGUUGCCGUGGUUACGUGGAGGGUGUGGAGAAGAACCGGACGGCGCUGGUGGAGGUUCAUCGGUUCAAAAAGGGGGGCGAGAUGGAGGGGGUCCGGGGGAGGGUCGCUAUGAAGCUGGGGCUCCCCCCCCACCUCCUCACACCAGAUCUGGUAGAAGCCGCCUUCUUCUUGUGUUCUUACGAACUCUCCAUCCGGUCCCUGAACUCACCGUGGUGCUUCCUGUUCACUGAGGAGGAUGCCAGGGUGUUGGAGUAUAAGUCAGACCUAAAGCAGUUCUGGAAGCGUUUCCACGGUCAUGUGAUCAGCGGUGUGUCCAGCUGUCCGUUAUUCCACCACGUCUUCAGAACGCUGGACAAAGCAGGACGCCCACGCAGAGCGACGGACGCCCCCCCCGCCCUGACGGCCUCGGUGCUGCUGGGUCACGCCGAGACGCUGCUGCCCCUCCUCUCUCUGCUGGGGCUCUACAGGGACCCCCACCCCCCCACUGCUGACAACUACCCGCAGCAGCACGGUCGUACUUUCCGCUCCGGGCUGAUCGUCCCGUACGCAGCCAACCUGCUCUUCGUCCUCUUCGACUGUCAGCGCGGCCCUCGUCUCCAGCUGCUGCUCAACGAGAAGCCGGUUCGAUUCCCCGGUCUGCCCCACGACGACGUGCCGCUGUACAGGGACGUCCGCGCCGCGUACCGCCCCCUGCUGGACGGCUGCGACUCUGCACGCGAGUGUGAGGGCCGGGGGGGACGCGCGCCCAACACAGAGCUCUGAUUGGACAGGAGGAGGAGGCAUCUGACCAAUGACAUCAUGAGGUUCUUAACUAACGUCUGUGAAAUCUCCAAAUACCAAGAAAACACGUUCGGAUCAAUAACACGGGUCACAUGACCUGCUUCAAACCAUACAUGUAGAAUUUCAUUUUUCCUGAAGGAAGCUUUUAUCCCACGUGAGGCGUUCAAGGACCGUCUGAAAGUAGGAAAUCCCCAAAUAAGUUGUGUUUCCAGAAAAGUAGUUGGAUAAAAAUGGAAUAAUAUUGUGAUUUUAAGGAUCCACCUGACCAACGACAUCACGAGGUUCUUUAUUAACCUGUGAAAUCUCCAAAUACCAAGAAAACACGUUCGGUUCAUGUUGAAUAACACGGGUCACAUGACCUGCGUCACAUGUACAAUACGGGGUUAAAUAUGUACGAUAAGACUCUGCAGGGUUUAUCUUCGUCUGCUUUAACUGGUUUCGGUUCAAUGAAAGAAGCUUUUUUAAAUGAAAGCUGUUCUAGCGGUUUCUAACGCAGGCUUCUGAUUGGCUGAUAUUUGCCCAGAUGACAGAGACCUGCUCUCUGAUUGGCUGGUUUGAGGAGAGGAGGACAUCUGGAUGUGUCUCCUCACUGUCUUCUCUCUCCAGAUGGACUCACAUCCAGCUCUUCUGCUGGUCAUUAAAUAGAGGAGAUCAACAGAAACGUCACUUUUUAAACAUUGAAAGCACAAAAAAACUCUUUAAAAGCAGUUUUUAAAGAGAAAGAGAAUCAGGAAGUGACGUUUAAAGGUUAUCCUCUGCAGGUUGUAUGAUGCAGGCGCUUCAGGUUAUAUUCUUAUUUAUUCAGGAGUAAAGGAUCAUGGGAUGUAUUUGUAUUGAUCUUUCUUUAACUUCAUGUUUUAUUGAUCUUUCUUUAACUUCAUGUUUUAUUGAUCUUUCUUUAACUUCAGGUUUUAUUGAUCUUUCUUUAACUUCAUGUUUUAUUGCCAAAUGUUUGAAUCUAAGCUUUAAUUAAAACAUCUCAGAAAUAAAACAAACUGUC